AUGGCCGACCGUUACUCGUUCUCGUUGACGACCUUCUCCCCAAGUGGGAAACUUGUUCAGAUCGAAUAUGCUCUAAACGCUGUGAACCAGGGUGUAACUGCCCUUGGAAUUAAAGCAACAAAUGGAGUAGUCCUCGCUACAGAGAAAAAGUCAUUGUCUCCCCUCAUCGAUCCCCCUUCGCUUUCUAAAGUCUCCCUGAUCACUCCUGAUAUCGGCAUGGUCUACUCCGGAAUGGGCCCAGACUACCGCGUGCUCGUCGACAAGGCCCGCAAGACCUCUCACACUAACUACAAGCGUAUCUAUAACGAAUACCCUCCUACCAGAAUACUUGUCCAAGACGUCGCCCGCGUUGUACAGGAAGCUACUCAGUCUGGCGGUGUUCGGCCGUACGGUGUCAGCCUGCUCAUUGCUGGCUGGGAUGAUGGUAUCGAACCAGAAACCCCAGAGGCCAAGGAGGGAGAGACAGAUGCCGAGAAGAAGAAGGCUUCCGGCAAGACAGGAGGUAUUUUGAAGGGCGGACCAAGCUUGUACCAGGUCGACCCCAGUGGAAGCUAUUAUCCAUGGAAGGCGACAGCCAUUGGAAAGAGCUCUACUAGCGCAAAGACCUUCCUUGAGAAGAGAUAUACCGAGGGUCUAGAGCUGGAAGACGCAGUGCACAUUGCUCUUUUAACGCUGAAGGAGACAAUUGAAGGCGAAAUGAAUGGUGAUACCAUUGAGAUUGGUAUCGUUGGACCACCAGCACACCAUCUACUUGGAUACGAAGGCGUUGAAGGGGCUCGAGGACCUCGGUUCAGAAAGCUCAGUAAGGAGGAGAUCGAAGACUACCUGACCAACCUAUGA